GUAUAUUUUUUAGUAAAUCUGUUGUUUUUGUUUCGCCUGGUUCGGUGGGUGAAAUCAGUUCCAGCUGAGUGGGGUUGUUCGAUGGGUUAUAGGUUAUUGCUAAGCAACCCAGAGUUUGAGUCUAGGUGGUCACGGAUCAAACUCGUCAAUCCUGGA